AUCUAGCAGUUGGCGAUGAGAGAAUCGAUUUGCAAAAGAGCACGCGUGGGAUGACAGACCAGAAAAAAUGUCUCUUUUUCUUUUUCAUUGGCUUUGGAGGGCCGCCGAAGGAGUUGAAAUUAUUGGGAGAUAAGAAGACGCUGCCGUGGAGAGGUAAUGCUCGA